CUGAUCCUGACUUUCAGUGUCUCAAAUGUCAUUUGCCAGUAGCUGCACUGAUCUUGUGCUGUGUACAACAGAGAGCCCAAUGGAGACUUUUGAAGAAAACAACCUAAAUAAAAGUAAUUUAUUAGAACCUCCAACCACAGGUGAUUCCUCUGUCGAUGAAGAGGAUGUAAGAGCCACUAUAAAGCCACGCUUCUCUCCACUUCCAAGAAGACGGAGUUCUGUGUCUUCAGAUGAAGGAGACUUGGAGCCCCCAACAACUAUAGCAAGAAAGGUUUCCUUUGCAGAUGCUUUUGGUUUUGAUCUGGUUUCUGUUAAAGAGUUUGACACAUGGGAUCUGCCAACUGUAUCACAACCUCCUGUUUAUGAAAAAGAAAGUAUCCCAGUUGUGGAAUACGUUUUAUCCCCAACCUUUCCAUUGCCUUCAAGUUAUAGCAUUACAGAAAAAUUGCGCACAAAAAAGGUGAUACUAGAAUCAUUGGACUCUCUGCCAGGGGUAACUACCGUGAAAGGAAUUAUUCGAGUUCUUAAUUUGUCUUUUGAAAAACAAGUAUAUGUGCGAACAUCCCUUGAUGAAUGGCAGCAUUUUUAUGAUUUCAUAGCAGAAUAUAUUCCUGACUCUUGCAAUGGCGACACAGAUCAAUUUUUCUUCCAUAUUGCAUUGGUACCUCCAUAUCAGAAAGAUGGAGCCAAAGUUGAAUUCUGCAUAUGCUAUGAAACACCGCUUGGCACAUUUUGGGAUAACAAUGAUGGACAAAAUUAUAUACUGACAUGUCAAAAGAAACAGCAGGUGGCGGAGAUUAAUAAACAAAUGGAAGAGGCAGCAGAGAGACUGAAAAAAAGUUGUCUGAAGUCAGCAUCAAGCAAAGAAGAAGAUCUGGAUAUUUUUGAAGCUGAAAACCAAACAGUUGCAGAGAAAUACAUCCCUAAAAUAGUUUACUCACAUGAUGACACCACAGAAGAAAAUAAUCAUGAAAAAGAUGAUAAAAGUUUAAAAAAGAGCAGUGACAACGAAUAUGAUUUGGAAUUGUUUUUAAACGAACAUCUCAUGAAACCCAGACUUACUUCCUCUGAAGAUGACAAUAAUUCUAGGGAUACUGAAGAUCCUAGUUUUCAAGAUAAUGGACAGCAAAAUGAACCAACAGAAUGUCUUAGAAAUGACGCUUACAUCUUAAAAAUGAUAAAUAAGGGCACUACUUCUGACAGCAAUUUGGAAAAAAGCUCAAAGCAAAAGGAUCCAGUUCAAUCACUAGCAGAAGGGGACCUUGUCUACAGUUCAAUCACUGAUGACUGUCAAUUGGAAGAAACUUCUUAUAAAACAUGUAUUAUAUCUGACACAAAAGAAAACCAAACUGUACAUUCAGAGGAUACUUCAAGUGAAAAACAUCUUAUUCUAUCAGACAACUCCCUAUAUACUACAGGUCAACAGCCAGGAAAUGAAACAACAGAUGUGUUCAUAGACAGUCAGAAGUAUAACUAUGACCUAAGUAAUAAUUGUGACAAAACCAAAGAGUUAUCAGGAAGUCUGGAUGAUAAUGCAAAUCCAAGCUCUAGUCAACAGGCAGAAUAUGUAUCAUCUGGACCUCCAGCAAAGUUAUAUACUGAGUUAGCUGUGUAUACUUCAUUUGAAAAAAAUAAUUUUGGUAAAUGCAAUGUUGUUAAUGUUUUGAAAGAUGAUCUUAAUACAGUUACUGAAAAAGCACCUAGAGGCUCAGACGAUAAAGAAUUGAAAUAUAAUUUGCCUACUGAUAUAUAUCUUCUUAAUGAAGAUCGAAAGGAGGAAAUAUGUAAAGAACCAAAAAUUCCAGCAAAGGAAAUUAUUACUACCACACUUUCUUUCCAGAAAGAUAAAAGUGAAAAAACAUAUAAUAUUAUCUCUUCUGAUGUACAUAGACUAGAAAAUUCUGGCAACCAAAAGACCAGUCAUUCUGAAUUUCAAACCAUGGAUACGCAAGUUCUACAAAAACAAAAUAACAUUUUAGUGAAUAACAGUAAUUUGCCUUUUCACUCUGACCACCAAGCUGAGAAUCUAAUUUGCACUAAUAUUAAGGGUGAAGAUUUUUUUGAAAGUGAGGAAAUCCGGAGUUUUGAAACUCCUUUAUUGAUAGAGGAAGAUCAAGAACUUGAAGAAUGUAUGAACGAAGUUUGCAACACAAGCAAGUUUGUAGAACAAACACCUGAAACUGAGUACUCUAAUAUAAUUUACGACAAAGUUCCUGAGAAUCCAGAUGAUAAAGCAAAUUCAAAGAAAGAAAUUUCAGAUAGUGUUCCAAUCCAUAUGGCUAAAAGAGACAAAGUUAUUAUUGCUGUGAUAACUGAAGAGGAAAGGCAGAGUCAAAUAUGUACACACAGUGGUGGAUCUCCCUUAGAUGUUAAAAGUUCACAUGUAGAUGCUUCAGAAUUAAUCCAAACAAUAUCUAGCUUACAGAUAAGUGAAGAUGUUGAAGAAGAAUCUGUAUUCAGAUUAGAAGGAAAUAAAGACAAUUUAAAAGGUAAUUUUAUAAAAUCUCCAGCUGAGGAUAGUCAACCAUCUGGUAGAGAUGAUAUAAGUGGAGUACAGAAAUUAAAUCCAUGUGAACAAAAUAUUUGGACUGAACAAAACCAAGUUUACAUGGGUGUGAAUCAUAUUUGUGAAGAACAAGAUGAAAAUAACACUGAUGAUGUGCCAUGUACCAUGAACAAAGUGGGGGAGGAUGUACAGUAUACUGAUCAUGAUUACUCCAUUAGCCAAACCAGCAAAAACAUAUCCAACAGUGGUUUUGUAAAAAGCUCUGGAAAUGUUACUAGUGAAAUCAUUGAUGAAAUUGAAACUGUAAUAGAAUCUACAGAAUACGAAGACUUGUCAGAAACUUCAUUAACCAGAGAUAGUGCAGAGAGUACAGAUGAUACACUCAGCUUGGAAGGCAACAUGGAAGUGAGGUCUUUGGGGCCAUCUAUUUUGAUAAGUGAACCAGAUGAUGAGAUGGAUGCCACAUUCUUAGAGACUGAUGUACUGCUGAGUAAGCACAGCAAGCAUGGAGAAAUAAAUCAAUGUUAUUAUAAUGGUGCUGAUCAGGAAAGUGAUUCUAAUAUUAAGGCUGAGCCUCUAGAUGUUAACAAUGUAAGCUCCAAAGUAUUUUGCGUUAUUAUGUUUGUUGUGUUUGCUGGUUUAAUGUACCACUAUGAUUUUCUUGUUUGUUUUGCUCUCUAUCUUUUUUCGCUAUACUGGUUAUACUGGGAAGGAGACAGGGAUUCAAAACCAAUUAGAAAGGAUUAAAUAAGGUGAUUGAUUUUUGAAUUUAUUAGAGAGAGAAAAAUGUUAACAAUUGAAAACAGUUAACCUUCUGACAUUAUUUUAUAUCAUAUGGUAAAAAUAAUGUGUAAUUUGCUUCUUUUUUUAAAGUGAUUACUUGUCAAUGGACCAUACAGUUAGAAUCUGAAGAUCAUUGAGAGCUAUUAAGCAAGAUGUAGGACAGUUUAUUUCUGACUUUUAAAUAAAAAUUUUAUUGUCUCUAUUUGAGAAAUCUACAACUAUUUUUUAUGUUUUUGUAAAACAAUAUUGGCAUUAUUUGUACUUAGUAUAUGUUUUAUUUUGCGAGAGUGAUGUUUUUUCUUAAUUUUUGUUCUUCAAGUUCUCAUAAUAUUUGUCUUUAGCUUUAUUUUAAUAUUUUGGUGUUAAGUUAUUGUUGUCACUUAGGUAAAACUAGUAUAUUAAAAUGAUGUAAGUUCUUUGUGCAAGAGCUGUCAAAAUAACAUUGCUGCUUCAUUGAAAAAUUGACAGGCUGAAGGAUGGGUCUUGAAAAAUGUUAUUGUAAAGACACAAUGAUUUAUAGGAGGCAUUGCAUUAAAAUGAAUGUGUUUUAACUCAA